AUGUACCCGGACUCGGAUUCAGAUGUUGUGAACUCGAACACAACACUGCUAGACAGCCCAGUUAUUAUUUAUAUCUUCUUUUGUUGUUCUUUUUUUACAGCUAUCGACUUGCAGGUUGGGGAGCAGACAUUUAUUCAGUCUCCUAACUAUCCGUCCUAUUACCCCCGAAACGCCGACGUGGGAUGGCUAGUAAAAGUCCCUCAAGCCUAUCAAGUAAUUCUUCGUUUCGUCGAUUUUAAAACUGAGAAGAAGAAUGACAUUGUUACCGUGCGCGAUGGAUGGACAUCGGACUUCUUAAGAUCAACGCAGAGGGCAUCUCUAUCCGGAAGCUCUGUUCAAGCCGCUAUCAUAUCACAAGGAUCAUAUCUCUGGGUUAACUUUACCAGUGAUUAUUGGACUAGGUAUAGAGGCUUCCGGGCUCGACUAAGUGCUGAGUUACGAACUAUAACUUUGACUACGGAAGGGACAGAAGUUCUUACCUCACCAAACUAUCCUGAGGUAUAUGAGAAUAAUAUCGACACCAUAUGGUAUGUGAGAGCUCCUGCAGGAUACCGAGUUUUACUUCGUUUUAUCAAUUUCUCAACCGAGGAGAGUUACGACACUGUAAUUUUGUGCGAUGGGUGGACUUCGAAUUACUCAAGGUCAACAUGGGUGGCGUCUGUAUUUGGACAAUCUAUCCCAGAAAAUAUUACGUCAGCCGGAUCACAUCUGUGGAUUCAAUUCACGAGCAAUAGCAUGUAUGUGUUUACAGGUUUUCGGGCCCUACUUUAUGCGGUGAUACCCGUUAUCAAUUUACAGACAAAUGAGACACAAAUCCUCACGUCACCAAACUUUCCAUCCCUCUAUGACAACAACAUUGACAUUGUGUGGCAUGUGAGGGCUCCUUCGGGAUAUCGCAUUAUGGUUCACUUCACCGAAUUCAAUACAGAGUAUGACAGAGAUUUCGUAUAUGUCUACGACGGAAAGAAAUCAGUGUACCGGUCUUCAGAUCCCAGGGACACUCUUUCUGGACGAUCUCUUCCAAGGGAUAUCACCACGGUUGGAGCUUACCUCUGGAUUCGCUUUACUAGUGAUAAUUGGUAUAGCUAUUUCUACGACUUCACAGGUUUCAAAGCCAUGCUAACGACCGUAGAGACACCCGUUAUAAUGUUAGAUACGAUUGAAACGGAAUACGUAUCUAUUCCAAACGUCCCUGGAUACUAUGACAAUAAUAUCGACAUCGCCUUCCAAGUGAUAGCGACUUCAGGCUUCAGAGUCCAUAUUCUAUUUCAUCGUUUUGAAACUGAGGAGAAUUCAGACUUCGUAUACAUCUUUGAAGGAUGGACAUCGGAUUUCUCGAGGUCAACAUUGAGGGCGUCUCUGUCUGGAUGGUCUAUCCCUGAAAACAUUACAUCAAUUGGAUCUUACCUAUGGAUAAGAUUCGCCAGUAAUGAAGGAAGAAGGUUCAAAGGUUUUCAGGCAUUGCUCAAUGCAAAAAUACCAGUCAUCUAUUUAAACCACGGGAAUGCGGAAUACCUGCAGUCACCUAAUUACCCUGCUCAAUAUGGCACCAAUCUGAACCUCAUGUGGCAUGCGAUCGCUCCGGAGAACCACCAAGUUGUCGUGCACUUCGUCGAUUUCUCAGUCGAGACAUUUAGGGACUUUCUCUAUCUAUAUGAGGGGCAGACAUCGGUAUAUGAGGAGUCCACUCUAAGAAGGCCCAAUAUUUCUGGAACAUAUUCAUCACACAACAUCACAACUCUUGGCCCAUUUCUCUGGAUUCGAUUCACGAGUGAUGACGGAUUACAAGGGGGUUAUAGAUACACAGGAUUCAAUAUUUCGUUAUUUUCUACUCCGGUGCCAGGUCAGUUAAGGAUCUCACAAAUGUAA